AAAGGUCACUCUCAAGGGGCUAGGGCGCCAAGAGUAUAUCUACUGUGCAACUCUCGUCUUCCCCCUCACAAUUGAGGAAAGACCAGACAGAGACAACAUGAAGAUGCAGAUGCUGCUGGUGUUGGCUGUAGCAGUCUUGAUGGUUCCCAGUCUGUCUGAGGGACGGAUCCUCUCAAAAUGUGAGCUGAAGAGCUUAUUGGAGGAGGCGGCCUUCAAAUUCAACCUGACUGAGAAAGCCAGAGAGAAUUAUCUGACAAACAAGGACUUUGUGGCAAAAAUCGUCUGCCACGUAGAGAAGGCCACAGGUUUCAACACCCGUUUUGUGACUCCUUGGAGGGAUGAUGAUGACAGCCCUACCCGCCCUGCUAAGGAUGAUAACCGUCCGACCCGUCCUACCCACCCUGAGCACACUACUAGGAGGGGUAAGAGACACGCUGGGGAUUCUCACGGAGAUUCAUCCAGCGCUGAAAGUCAUCAGUUCAGCCCAUCAAAAGAGGACUCCAGAAAAGAAGACUCCAGCGAAGAGGAGACCAGCGAAGAAGAGACCAUGUGGACCCUCUACGGCUUGUUUCAGCUGAGCGACCGUGUGAUCUGUGCCAACGGCUCCACUCCGUCUCUGAACCUUUGCCAGAUGAACUGCAGUGAUUUGAUUGACGACGACAUCAGUGACGACUUGGACUGUGUGGAGACAAUCAAACAGACAGUGGAAAGUGGGCCCGGGGAUCAUAAAAUGGCUUUAAUGAGAAUGUUUAAGCUGCUCUUCCAGAAGGAAUGUGUCAUGACGGUUGCCUCUAGCUACUUCUCCGAGUGUUGAAUGAGAAGCCAUGUCAGAUGACGACCCCCAAAGUGUCUUUUCGCACACUAAUCGUUCACUCUUUCAACAAUACAUUGAGUUACAUAGGGUGAAUUUACACAGGCAGCCCAAUUCUAAGCUUUUGCCCAAUUAUUAACCAAUUGCAAAAAAUGACCAAUGCCAAAAGAUCAUAAUUGAGCUUCCUGUGUAAAUGUAGCCAUGGUGUGUAACAAUUAGUUCUCAUCAGCCUCAUUUUCACAAAGUACACCAAAAUAGAAUGUAUGUAGAAAGAAUAAAGUUUAACAGUGUA